GUUCGAAAAUUGUUCUCCUUUGCACUGUUUUGGUUGACCAAAUUGGACGGUUGGGGUUGGAGUGAAAAGAAACGCGAUACAAUUGAAGCCGGCAGCAGAAAAACAGCUCGAAAAGAGAGCAAUGUUGAUAGCACAGGCGGGUUUAAUCCCAAUUUCGUCAUCGAUUUCUUCGGCAAAUCACUGUCCUCGUUUCAGAUUCUCCUCUUCCAAGCAAUAUAUUCCCUUUCUCGUCGCCGCAACAAUGAUGGGAGAUGAUCCAAUUCGUGAGUGGAUACUCUCAGAAGGCAAUGCAACAAAGAUUAAAGGAGUGAGGUCAAUUGGUGGUGGGUGCAUCAACAAUGCUAGCUGCUAUGAUACUGAUGCUGGUCCUUUCUUUGUAAAAUCAAACAGGAGCUUUGGACCAUCAAUGUUUGAGGGAGAGGCUGUGGGUUUAAAUGCCAUGCUUGAGACCCACUCAAUCCGGGUCCCUAAACCAUAUAAGGUCGGGUCUCUUCCAACAGCUGGCUCAUACUUCAUAAUGGAAUUUAUCGAGUUUGGUGCAUCUAAACGUGAUCAGUCUGCAUUAGGAAGGAAGCUGGCUGAAAUGCAUAAAUCAUCCAAGUCUGAGAUGGGGUUUGGUUUUCAUGUUGAUAAUACUAUUGGAAGUACUCCACAGAUAAACAAAUGGACACAAGAUUGGAUAGACUUCUAUGCAGAGCAUAGAUUGGUUUACCAGCUACAGUUAGCUCGUGAACAUUAUGCAGACUCAACAAUUUACCAGAAAGGACAAAAGCUGGCAAGGAAUCUAAGGCUUCUAUUCCAGAAUGUUGUAAUAGAGCCAUGCUUACUUCAUGGAGAUUUAUGGAGCGGCAAUAUCGCCUAUGACAAGAAUGGGGAACCAGUGAUUCUUGACCCAGCAUGCUAUUGUGAGUUCUUGAUUCUUGACCUUCCUACUGUAGCCCUAUAUCACUUUUGGAUUAUUAGUCCUGAAUGUCUGUUGGUGAAAGAUCAACUUUGGAAUGACCAAAACACGUACUACGUAUAUCUUUUAGAAGAAAAUAAAGUUAGCAAGCACGCUACUUGGCCACCAUUUAAAGAAAAAGUGGAAACAGAUGGACAUAAUGAGGCAGAGUUUGGAAUGUCGUGGUGUGCUGGAUUUGGAGCCGCUUUUUACAAUGCCUACUUUGAGGUCAUGCAUAAACAGUCUGGUUUUGAGGAAAGGAAGGAUCUUUAUAUGUUGUAUCAUUACUUGAAUCACUAUAACAUGUUUGGUUCUGGAUACCGGUCAUCUGCCAUGUCCAUAAUAGAUGAUUAUCUCCGCAUGCUAAACUUAUAGUGUGUCAACAUUUUCUUGUUUCUUGUAUAUUUGGAGGCAACGUUUUGUAUUGCGAAAUCAUAAUCUAAUUCAGUAGUACUGUAGUACUUACCUUUCUGUUGUAUUCAAUUAAUAAUAUGGCUGUAAAUAAUUAAAUAUCAAUUAUCCAUGUAUGAUCAA